CUGGAUAGUCAACACAUCAGUCCUCAUAUAUAUAAGAUAGGCCAAGGUGCUUGACCUGCUAAACAGCGUUACACACUUCCUACUGAGGAGAGACAGUCCAGUAUUCAGCAUGAACAAACUGGUGAUUGUCAGCGUGCUAAUCGCACUCCUCGCCUUGGGUGCGGACAGCUUCCGUGUGCCCAGAGAGAUUGAGGAGGAGGAGGAGGAGGAAAAGGGACCAGUUACCAUGAUAAUGGACAAACUGAAGAACUAUUAUGAUUACAGCCUGGGUGUUGCGGGUUCAUACGUAGACACCAUCAAGGAACUCAAGCUGGAUGAGAAAGCCAAGAACCUGUAUGAGGAGACAACAGGAGCAGUCCGCACCUACGCAGGCAUCUUCCAGGAUCAGCUUUACCACAUGGUCUACUCUUCGGAUAGCGUUUAAACCCUUUAUUCUCUUGUAAAUCCUUUUUCUCGAACUCUGGUCCUCAGUCACGCAAAGCUGGAGCCCCUUACCACAACCCUAAAGCAGCUACAAGGAGCAUGACACUCUUCUUCCUGUGGCAUAAAGAGAAGCUGUGUUCCUUCCUGGAGGUCAUCACGCCACACCGAGUGCAUACAGCACUAUAGCAAAGGUCACAGCACGGGCUAAAUAUGCUAGAAACACUAAGCCUACUACAAAUGACUACACCAGCGGUGAUUCCGCGUGUGUUAGUAGCUCUCAAGUGCACUUCUGUAUUAAUCGAUCCAGGACCUGUAACAACUUCUUGUCCUAUGAACAUUUACUGAUGUAUGUCAAACAAUGCAAUGUAGUAAAUAAUAAAAAUAAAACCAAACAUUUGUAGAAAGUA